AUGCAGACGAGAUCUGGUGGAGCGAAGAGGAAAGCUACCGAGGGAGACGAAAAUGGCAGAGGGAAGAGAAGAUUGGUGCAGAGCAAUGAACAGAAGAAUGCUCCUCAGAGAGACGAAAAUGGUAGAGGGAAGAGAAGAUUGGUUCAGAGCAACGAACAGAAGAGCAGAAAGAUCCUUAGAGGAAUCCAUGGCUGUGUAUCUCCUCGCUGCUCUGCUUAUACUUACCGUUCCACCUUCUCGUGGUUUGAGCAAGAUAUAUGGACAUACAUUUCAAGGUUUUUAGAUGGUAAAUCACUGGUGAGGCUGGGAGCAACAAACAAGUGGUUUAACAAGAUCAUAAUGGAGGAUGCUGUUUGGAGGUUUGCCUGCUUGCGUGAUCUUCAGGUGCCAAAGCCGUAUUCAGUUUCUUCAAGCUGGAUUAAGAUAUAUGCUUCAGCUUUUGAUGGGAGUCACUCUUACUUGUUCCAUCAGAAGGAAAAGCAUAUCGAUUGGAUGCGAAUCGGUGCCUUUACUCUUGACUCUAGAAUGUCACUCUUGACUGAGAGCUUGAGUGGUCAACUGAAAGUUCCAAGGGAAGGAACCAUAGAGCGGAUGCUGCAAUCCAGUGGCUCAUGUAUCAUUAAAGACAUCAAAAGCGGUAUUUGGAUAGCAGAUUUACAGCUUGUUCGUUGCCCUGUCUGUGACCUCAGUACCUGUGAUGGAACAAUGCAAACACUGGAUGCGAGGCACCUUGAACUGUUCCUGAGUGAAGGAUACAAAGAUGGAAGCUGGGACUACAAUCUUAUUGGAUCUCAUAAACUACAGAAAGACGCAGGUGCAGCUUGUGGAGCCAUAUUUGAUCUCAAACAUCUCAAAGCAUCUUCUUCCUCAGGUAUUCUCCAACUCAAGUCUUGGACCGGAGAGCCAGAUGAUUCACAACCCAAAGCAGUCAUCGCACCCCACGCAGUCGCUGUUCACACAAGAUUACAAGAAAACGAAGGAAUCCUUGUGAAGUAUCACACGAUGAAGGCAGGAACUGAGGGUGACAUUGUUUCCAUCAGAAUCUCCCAGCAGCUACUCUGA